GGAAAUGACAGCAGCGCAGCACGAGCCUGGAAAUAUCUGUCACUUCAUCUAGAGGUCUCACCCUGAGAAGACGACAUGGUUUCUUUGAAAUGGCUGUUGUUUUUCAUCUUUAUUUUCUCUACAGCUCUCCAAACCAAAGCCUCUGCCUGGAAAGCAAAGGUGCCCUCCUCAGUGAAAGGUCUCCUCGGAUCAUGUGUGGUGAUCCCCUGCACAUUUGACUACCCAGAUCCAAAGAGGACGCUCACUGAAAUCUCUGGGAUGUGGACCAACGCUGACCAUCAGUUAAUCUGUCAUACAGUUCAGUCUAAAGUAAUUCAGCAGUUCAGAGGUCGUACGGAGCUGCUGGGAGACGUCAGACAGAAGAACUGUACUCUGAAGAUUGACCCUCUUAAAGAAAGUGACCGGGGGCCUUUGAAUUUCAGGAUAGAAAUGGCAAACUACGAAAAGUAUUCUUACAGACAGAGCGCUGUUACCAUUGCAAUAAACAGGGAACCAGAUCCGAUCAGUCUCUCAGUGAAAGAUGAGCUAGUGGAGGGUGAAACUGUGUCUGCGUCUUGCUCUGCGUCUCACUCCUGCCCCUUCUCUCCUCCCCUCCUGAACUGGAGUCUCUCUGGGAAGGAAACUCUCCAACAUCAGCAGCAUGAUAAUGGCCAGUGGCAAACAACAUCCACUCUAACUUUUCACCCAACCAACGCUGAUCAUGGGAAGGCUUUACAAUGCAACGUGACAUACAAGGGAGAGAAGCACCUGACCGCAUCCAAAGUCUUAAAAGUUAAAUAUGCCCCAAUGGAUGUGAAGGUUGAGUAUAAGUCAGAUGUAAAGGAGGGGGAAUCCGUACGUCUGAAAUGCUCCAGUGAUGCUAACCCUCCGGCCAACAGCUAUGACUGGUCUAAUGAAACUGGUGCUCAGCUGCAUCAUGGGAAGGUCUACAUGCUGCGCAGUGUCUCCAGGCACACAGGAGCUCUGUACUGUACUGCCAGUAAUACAGUAGGACAAGGAAAAUCAAGCCCUGUGCACCUCAAUGUGUUACACGCCCCACUGAAUGUGAAGGUUGAGUAUGAGUCAGAUGUAAAGGAGGGGGAAUCCGUACGUCUGAAAUGCUCCAGUGAUGCUAACCCUCCAGCCAGCAGCUUUGACUGGUCUAAUGAAACUGGUGCUCAGCUGCAUCAUGGGAAGGUCUACAUGUUGCACAAUGUCUCCAGGCACACAGGAGCUCUGUACUGUACUGCCAAUAAUACAGUAGGACAAGGAAAAUCAAGCCCUGUGCACCUCAGUGUGUUACACGCCCCUGAGAUUAAGACCGUCUCUUCCUGCUCCUCGGAGGCAGACAUGGUAAAGUGUGUGUGCAUUGCAGAGUCCAGGCCUCCCAGCAUGGUUCACUUUGUGCUCUCUGACAGAGUCCUGCCUAAAGCCAAGGUAGAGAAACACGGCCCUGUCACCAUCGGGACGAUACAGGCUAAGUUUGGCUCCUCAGAGUUUGUCCACUGUCUGGCAAACAACACGCAGGGCAGCGCCAACCUCACGCUCUAUUUCCCUGUUAACAGUAAGAUGCAGAGUAUUUAUGUUUUCAUCGCUAUUGGAACAGCUGUGAUUUUGGUGAUACUUUUCAUGGCAGUUGGAAUUAAAAAAUGUAGGGGGAGGUCUGAGGCUGCAUCAGAAACACAACUGAGCACCAUGAAGGCCCAUAAAGAUGUGGAGCAUUCUCAGUAUGCUGCAACACAAAGACAAGAGAGAGCCUAUGAUGAUGUAGAUUUACAAGGCAUUUAUACCAAUGAUCACGUAUAUGGAAACAUGGAGACUGACCCGGAUGAUGCGAUAUACGCUAACGUGUAACAGGAACAAGAACAUCAGAUUCGCUGGAAGAGCUGCAGUUGUGUGAAAUCUAACUAAUGUGGGUCAAAAAAGUUGCAUGAAUAGAAACGGCACAGAGUGAAAAGGAGAUCACAUAUGAGUUAAUAUCUGCCAUAGUCUGGUGUUUUAAAAUCAUUUACAUAGGGUAGAAUCGAGCAUUAAGGAUGGAUGCAGAGACAAACCAAAGCAACUUUGCAAGUUACUGCAAUGACGGAAAAACUGUCCCUGAAAAAUUUCAGAAGAAAAACAUCAUGCGAAAAUGUGGGUAGUCUCCCCACAGUACCACCAGGCUACCACUCUGCUGAUUCGUUACUUAUGAAAGACCCCAAUUUGCACUGAAACUGGUAAAACUGUUUUCUUUUGAUACCCCAAGCUCAUUGAAGACAUUAAACACAAUGUAGAGACGGAAAUUCUUCCCUCUUUUGCAAAGAUUAAGACUUUGAUUUCUAAAUACUGUGUUUUAAAUUGUAGCCGUCACUUGAUUUCCAUUGCUCUGCUUUUGUGUUUGUUCUCUAUGAUUGUUUGCUUUGUUUUACUUUGCUGCUGUUUUCAUGAGUUUAUCUUAACAUCAGAUAUGGGAGAAACAUCAGUGUCCUUUGGUGAAUAAAAGAAAGUUUGAAACAUAA